AUGGAAACACAAAACAACAUCACUUCACCAUCAAAACAAAAAGAACAAAUGAAAUCACAAAAUUCUAAAGAAUUACAAAAAAAUACAUUAAUUAAAUCAGGGAAUUGUACAGCGUUUAUAAGAGGACUUCCACUUAAAUGGGGAGAUAUAGAAUUUUCAAAAUAUUUUAAAAAAUAUCAUCCAAUAAUUGGUCAAGUAGUAAAAAGAAAAAGAGGAAAUUCAAGAGGAUUUGGAUUUAUGGAAUUUCCAGAUACAGAAACAAGAGAUUUAGCAAUUAAAGAAAUGAAUGGACAAGAAGUUGAAGGAAAAAUACUUCAAGUUGAAGUAGAAUCUGAAGAAACAAAAAAAGAAUUAAAAAAGAAAAAAGAAGAAGAAAUGAAAUUAAAGAAAGAAAAAGAUGUAGAAAAAGCUAAAAGAGCAAAAGAAUAUAUUGAAAUUCGUCAUUUAUCAAAAUGUGCUAAAUUAGAAGUUGCACAAAAACAAAAAAAAUGUAUUUUUGUUAAAGGAUUUCCUAAUACUUGGAAGAUUAAAGAUUUAAAAGAAAGGUUUGAUGACUUUGGUGCUAUUAAAGCAACUAUUUUAAUGGAAAAAAAAGGAAUUUCAAAAGGAUGUGGAUUCGUUGAUUUUGAAAAUGAAGAAAAUGCUAAAAAAGCUGUUGAAGAAAUGAAUGGAAGAGGUGUUGAAGGUGGAGAAUUAGAAGUUAGUAUGGCAAAAAUAUCUGAAAGAGGACAAAAAGCAAUGACAAAAAAAGUUAAAAAACAAUUAGAAAAAGAAGAAAAAGAAAAAUUAAAAGCAUUAAAAAAAUGUAUUAUUUGUGGUGAAAUAGGUCAUACUAGUAAAGAUUGUCCUCAAAACGAAAAUAAAGGAAGUGAUUGUUGUUUUAUUUGUGGGGAGACUGGUCAUAUUAGUAAAGAUUGUCCAAAUGCAGAACGAAAAUGUUUUGUUUGUGGAAAAACAGGACAUAAAAGUCGUGAUUGUCCAAAAGCAAAAGGCAAUAAUCGUCCUUGUUUUAUUUGUGGUGAAAUUGGUCAUUUAGAUCGAGAUUGUCCAAACAAAAAUGAAAAAAAAGAAAAGAAAGGAGGAAUAAAAAGAAAAACUAAAGAACAAAAACAAGACCCAAAACACAUCAAAUUUGAAGAUAUUAAUGAUGAAGAAGAAUCUGAAGAAUAA